AUGAAACCCAUCAUCGCCAUCCCAGCCCUGGUCCUCCUCGUCCACCGCGCCUGGUCCCGCAAAUCCCUCACCCCCCUCGGUCUCACAGCAGCAGCUCUAACAGCAACCGCCCACGCCCUCCACCCCUGGUCUACCCCCUUCGCCCUCCUCGCCGUCUUCUACUUCGGCGGCACAAAAGCAACAAAGGUCAAACAUGACGUCAAAGCCCGUCUCACCCUCUCCGCCACCGGCUCCGAGGGCGGCGAGGGCCAACGAACCCAUAUACAAGUGCUGGCGAAUAGCAUCGUCGCGACUGUUCUUAUCCUCGCGCACACAUAUAUCCUAAAUCAGAGCCCAGACAGUGUGAGCGCAAGCGCAUGUUUCCAGAACGGGAAGAGCCCGGCCGAUUUACUGGUCGUGGGGAUUGUUGCGAACUACGCUGCCGUCGCCGCCGACACCUUCUCCUCAGAACUGGGUAUCCUGUCGAAAUCCAAGCCGAGGCUGAUCACGUCGCCUACGUUCCGUGUUGUGCCGCCGGGGACGAACGGAGGCGUGACGGGGACGGGACUGGUAGCGGGGGUGUUUGGGGCGUUUACGGUUGCGGCGACGUCGGCUGUGCUUUUGCCGUUUUGUGAGGGGACUGGAUUGGCUGAGCGGGUUUGGUGGACUGUUGCGUUUACCGGGUGGGGGGCAUUGGGGAGUGUGGUGGACAGUGUUUUGGGGGGUUUACUACAGGCGAGCGUUGUUGAUAAGCGGACGGGGAAGGUUGUCGAGGGGGAAGGGGGGAAGAAGGUGCUUGUGCAUCCGCAUUUGAGGGCUGGGGGGUCGACUGGGUUUUCGGGGGCAAAGGCUUCUGCUUCUGCUUCUGCUGCGGAGGGGGUGAAGCGGCAGGGUGAGGUUGGGACGGAGCAUGAGAGUCGGGUGGUGGAGAGUGGACGGGAUUUGCUGGAUAAUAAUGCGGUUAAUGUGUUGAUGGCGUUUGUAAUGAGUGUAGGGGCUAUGGGGGUUGCGGGGUGGUUUUGGGAUGUUUCGGUUUUUGAUGUUGGGAUUUUGAGGUGA